UUCCUCGGAGAAACAGGAGCACGGUGAUGGAUACUGGAGCUAAUCUCUGAUUAUUUUCGCGCAGGGUGGCGAUAAUUCACCCAUUACGUUUAAUGUCGACCGCCGCGAAACCCCACGAAGAAGAAAAAGAAGAAACAAGCAAACAUGGCGGCGUUUCCGACCCGGUGGUUUUUUUGAACUUUUGUGCGUUGAGGCGACUCCUACAUUUCCUUUUCGUGUUAUCUUCGAGUUGACAGACCCCCCCCCCCCCUCCCCGUCGUCGCUGACAGCAGCGGUGAGCUCGUGGUGUUCGUUAACGUUAACCGAUAAAUCCCUCGCGUCCGUGAAACCGUCAUCGUCCGUGACGGAUAUUCAGACGGCUCCGGAACCGACACCACGUGACAUCAGCGGGUCAAACAUGAAGGCGGGGUUGAUCCCGGUUCAGACCCUGAACGCGCACCCGGACUCCCGGUGCUGGUUCGUCGGCUGGAGCCCCAGCGGGACGCUGCUAGCCUCAUGCGGGGGCGACAACGCCAUCCGGAUAUGGGGACGAGAGGGUGACUCGUGGAUAUGUAAGAGUGUGCUUCAGGAUGGACACCAGCGCACUGUGAGGAGAGUGGCCUGGUCUCCCUGCGGCAACUACCUGGCGUCUGCCAGCUUUGAUGCGACCACUUGCAUCUGGAAAAAGAAGAAUGAUGACUUUGAGAGUCUGACUGUGUUGGAAGGACAUGAAAAUGAGGUCAAGUCUGUGGCGUGGGCACCUUCGGGGAAUCUGCUGGCAACGUGUAGCCGAGACAAGAGUGUCUGGGUCUGGGAAGUGGAUGAAGAAGAUGAGUACGAGUGUGUUACCGUUGUGAACUCUCACACGCAGGACGUCAAGAAUAUCGUGUGGCACCCGACCCAGGAGCUCCUUGCGUCAGCCAGCUACGACAACAACGUUUGUAUUUACAAGGAAGAGGAUGACGACUGGGAGUGCCGAGCCACUUUGCAAGGACACACAUCCACGGUGUGGAGUUUAGCUUUCGAUGCCACCGGGCAGAGACUGGCCUCCUGCAGCGAUGACCGCACCGUGAAGAUAUGGAAAGAGUCUCCUAAUGAAAGCGGACAAGGAGACUUGUUGUGGAAAUGCGUUUGCACUCUGUCUGGGUAUCAUGGACGAACAGUGUAUGAUAUUUCCUGGUGUCGGCUGACUGGCGCCCUGGCGACUGCCUGUGGUGACGAUGCUGUGAGAGUGUUCAAGGAAGACGAGACGGCCAAUCCAGAGCAGCCGAUGUUCUCGCUAGCUGCUCAGGUGACCAAAGCCCACAGCCAGGAUGUGAACUGUGUCGCCUGGAACCCGAAGGAGGCGGGACUCCUUGCCUCCUGCAGCGAUGACGGAGGGAUUUCCAUCUGGAGGUUCCAAGAGGAGGACUGAACCCAACUGGCUUGAAGAAGUUAGAGCGCACGUGGGAACUGUACUUUAGAGUUCACCACAAAUAAUUCAUCCAACUUUUCCUGAUGGCUCAGCUUGAUUUUGCAUGAACAUGACUAAACUAAUGCUUCAGCACAUCUUUUGUUUAUAUAUAAAUAAAAAAACAUGAAUUGUG